AUGAAGCGCCUGGUGGGGACUUUGAAGCGGAAAAGCACGCAGAUCCAGUGGCCGCCAAAUGGCGCAUCGUAUCCUCAAGACACGCCCGAGGACAUCGUCAUCAGAGAAAUUACCGCAUUUUGUGACUCUGGGACCAUAGGCGGCCCGCAGGGCGAUGAGUACCUCCACCUUCCGGCCAUUGUCGAGGCUGCCGAAUCAAGCCCCUCCGCCGCCAGAGUCGCUGCAGGCCACCUUCACAAAUACCUCCUGAAACCCAACUCCUCCAAGCCUCAGCGCCAGUAUAAUGCGAUUAUGCUGGUCCGAAUACUGGCUGAUAAUCCUGGCCCUACAUUUACGCGCAACAUUGAUUCGCGCUUUGUCUCGUCGCUUAAAAUCCUCCUGAGAGACGGGCAGGAAGUGAGCGUGCAGCAAAUUCUGAGGGAGACUCUGGAGUUCUUAUCAACAAAUAAAGCACAUGACACAAAUCUGGCAGAAGUGAAUACUAUGUGGAAAAAGGAAAAGGACAAGUUUGUCAAGCAAUUUGGGGUGCAUCCACUUCAGCAACCAGCGCAAGGAACAUAUGCCGGAUACCGGCAGGAUUUCUUUUCCAGCGAGCAUAGAAUAAGGAAACUGCCCACGCCAGAAGAGCUUGCAGGCCGGGUAGCCGAAGCCGGGACAUCUGCAAAACUCCUGCAGCAGAUGGUGCAAUCCACCCCACCGUCAGAAUUCUUCGACAAUGACAUGCUCAAAGAAUUUGCCAGCCGGUGCCAGAGAGCCUCUCGGUCGCUGCAGGCAUACAUGGAAGCCACAAACCCCGCGCCAGACGAAGAGACGAUGAUGACCCUCAUUGAGACGAAUGACAAGAUCUCCAGCGCCUUGUCGAAGUAUCAGCGAGCACAGCUCAACGCGAGAAAGCACACCAGCACGGCUCCGCCGCAAGCCCCAACUGAAUCGCCGUUCUCAUCCGCCGCCGACGCCACCGCGAUUCCCACCUCCCAGUCCCAGGUUCCGAAUCUCUCCAUACCCCGAAAGGCCGUCGACCAGGCUCCCGGGCAACAACAGACGGCCACGCGAUCCACCGGCAUCAUGAGCGGUGAUGUGUCCCCGAUCGAUUCCACCGCGGCACCGCCGCUCGUCCCGCCCCGGCCGCAAGCAAACACUGCCUCGCGCGGGUUCCAGUACCAGCCCGGGGAGUUUCAGGUCGAGAACCCGUUUGCCGAUAAGUACAGCACGAUAGACGAGCGGGCGCAGAACCCAGGAAAUACGACGGCGGGUGCGCCGCCGCCCGUGACGAAUAAGUCGUAUCCGACCAAGGCGACGUGA